AUGGACUUAAUUAGCACAACCGGGGCUGCACAACGUUUGGCUUUGUUUGAGUACCAACAGGCCUUGCUGGAGGCGGAGGUGGAGGAUUUGUCCUGGAAGAUUGCACGUGCCGAGAUCACGGACCAAGGGGCGUUGUUGAAUAAGAUGAAUAUCUGUGAGAAGCAUCGCAAAACUUUGAUUCACGAGUUCUAUUGA